ACGCCGGCGCCACCUUUAAACGUCACGUGCGGCGCUCUGCUUCUGGACUCAAAGGUUUGAACAUGUCGCGCCUGAAGGGAGUGGCGGAGAAGAAUACCCGAGCGGGUUUUAGAGCUGAGAGGAGAGAGGUUGAUGCUUCAGUACCUCAGGGGCUGUUAAAGGCAGCGAGGAAGAGCGGCCAGUUAAACCUGUCGGGUCGGAAUCUCAGUGAAGUACCUCAGUGUGUCUGGAGAAUAAAUGUGGAUAUUCCUGAGGAAGCUAAUCAGAAUCUUUCAUUCAGUACUACUGAGCGAUGGUGGGAGCAGACGGAUUUGACCAAACUAAUCAUAUCCAACAAUAAACUUCAGUCACUUACAGAUGACCUACGACUCCUGCCUGCACUCACUGUUCUUGAUAUACAUGAUAACCAGCUGACAUCCCUUCCUUCUGCUAUAAGAGAGUUAGAAAAUCUUCAGAAACUUAAUGUCAGCCAUAACAAACUGCAAAUACUACCUGAAGAAAUUACAAAGCUAAGAAACCUGAAAGGCCUAUAUCUCCAGCAUAAUGAACUAACUUGCAUACCAGAGGGAUUUGAACAACUUUUCAAUUUAGAAGAUUUGGAUAUUUCCAACAAUCGUCUUACAACUGUUCCUGCUAGUUUUUCUUCUCUCUCCAGUCUGGUGCGACUUAAUCUUUCCAGCAAUCAGCUGAAGAGGUUGCCAGCAGAAAUAAGUGGAAUGAAAAAAUUAAAGCAUUUGGAUUGUAACUCAAAUCUCUUAGAAACUGUACCUCCUGAAUUGGCUAACAUGGAGUCACUAGAAUUGCUUUAUUUGCGGAGGAAUAAAUUACGUUUUCUACCAGAAUUUCCUUCUUGCAGAUUAUUAAAGGAAUUACAUGUAGGCGAAAACCAGAUUGAAAUAUUAGGGCCAGAACAUCUUAAGCAUCUGAAUUCUAUCCUUGUGCUAGACCUGCGGGAUAAUAAGUUAAAAUCUGUUCCAGAUGAGAUUACACUGCUACAGUCUUUGGAGAGACUUGACCUAAGUAACAAUGAUAUUAGUAGUCUACCCUGUUCAUUGGGAAAGCUUCAUUUGAAAUUUCUGGCACUAGAAGGAAAUCCUUUAAGAACCAUACGAAGAGAAAUUAUAAAUAAAGGAACCCAAGAAGUCUUAAAAUAUCUGCGAAGCAAGAUUAAAGAUGAUGGACCAAGCCAAAGUGAUUCUGUUAUUGAGACUGCCAUGACACUACCAAGUGAAUCCAGAGUCAAUGUACACGCUAUCGUCACAUUAAAAAUAUUAGACUAUAGUGAUAAACAAACAACUUUAAUUCCUGAUGAAGUAUUUGAUGCAGUGAAAAGCAACAUUAUCACUUCUGUUAACUUCAGUAAGAAUCAGCUAUGUGAAAUUCCUAAAAGAAUUGUGGAACUGAAAGAAAUGGUUUCUGAUGUCAAUCUCAGUUUUAAUAAGCUUUCCUUUAUAUCCUUGGAAUUAUGUGUGCUUCAAAAAUUGACUUUUUUAGAUCUCAGGAACAAUUUUUUAAAUUCUUUGCCUGAAGAAAUGGAAUCACUGAUAAGACUACAAACAAUUAAUCUAUCCUUUAACAGGUUCAAAAUACUACCUGAAGUUCUGUAUCACAUCCCCACACUUGAAACAAUUUUGAUUAGUAACAAUCAGGUUGGAUCUGUAGACCCUCAGAAAAUGAAGGCAAUGGAAAAUCUGAUGACAUUGGAUCUUCAAAAUAAUGACCUCCUACAAAUUCCACCAGAGCUUGGUAAUUGUGUGACCUUAAGAACACUACUACUAGAUGGAAAUCCAUUCCGUGUUCCUCGAGCAGCCAUAUUAAUGAAAGGAACGGCUGCUAUUCUGGAGUAUUUGAGAGACCGGAUUCCUACUUAAAUUGAGAGUUGGUUUUAUAUCUUGGUUAUGUUAAUUCUUAGAUUUCUUACACUGAUAAAGUAACAUUUUUCUAAGGUAUUGUGCAUUCGUAAUGAUGAUAGCCACAUACAGUGUUCAUGCAUUUAUUCUGAAAGUUUUGCAUAAGAUUUAUCCUACUUUCAUUCCUUAUAAGAUAGGAAACAGUUUCUUCAGAAGUGGAUUUUUAUUUAAGUUAGUUUGAUAUUUUUAUAAUGAUAAAGCAUUUUUGUAGAAGUGGGAUUUUUCCCAUCUUUUCUGUUUGUGUUACAUUUAAUGUGACCAGUUGAUUUGAAUAUGAUAAUCUAAUUUCUACCUUUUUGUUAGAUAUAAAAUUGAAUUGAAUUUUAUUUAAAACUGUUCUUUGGCAUUUAAAAAAAAAGGCUUUUCCUUACCCGUGAUAAGACUUCUGUGAUUUGGUUGGUCUUGGUAUAAAUUUUAAAUUAACAGUCACUAUCUUUUUGUUUUAAUCUAGUUGCUUUUGUUUUAAUCUAGUUGAAACUUUCUUGUCUAGCCUUUUCCCCACAUUUUAUGAAACCAUUUUGUCAUAAUUUCUAACGUAACAGAAAUGUUACAUGUGAUGUAGUUAUUGGUAGAGGAAACAGUAAAAGUAUUGUUUAAAUUACUCUCACAGUUUUGAAUUUAAAACUUGACAAGUUUUUAUAAAACAAUUUCUUACUCUUAAGUUUCCAUACAGUUACCUACUACUUGUAGAUUCAAGAAAUUUGAAGGGGUUGGAUCUGCAUAUUUUUCCUUCAGAGUGCAUUUAAAAUACCUUUUGUUCUUCUUUACAAAAGUACUGAAGAACUUAUUUUAAUUCUAUAGAUAUCAGCAACAAAAAAUAACUAAUAACAUAUACCAUAUAGAAAUCUUUGAAAUUUCUUAGUAACUUACUAAGCAGAUAUUUGUAUACAUUAUCUACUCUGUUGGUGUGUUCUAAUCCAGACUUGUGCUUUUUUUUUUUUUUUUUAAUUUCCAGGGCCUUACUUUUCAAAUUUACUUCUAAUCUUCAUAAGACUAAACUUGUAGUCUAUAUGGAAACUUUCUAAAGAGGAAUUUACUACAGGUUAACUUAAUUUAGUAAAAAGAAAAUAGAAAUAUUUCUGUUUACACCAAAAAUGUCAGAGGUAGGCUGAUCAGUCAUUAUAAAACUUACCGUGUGAUUCUGUUAAGUAGCCCAUCAGUAGAGUAUAUGUUAAUUUAUAUAGGUAGGUAGGUAGCUAGCUUUUGGGUGAUUGAAGCAUGCUCAUAUUAUGAAAAAGUGCAUUGCUAAUAAAAAUACAACAUGUUUAUAAUAUUUCCAGUAUUGAUUAUAAUGGUUGUUUUGGCUUAAAAAAAAAAAAAAAAAAACCUUUUCAUACUACAACUCUUUUGCUAAGAAAUCUGCUUCAAUAUUAAACAAAAGACACUUUACAAUAAGGUGACAUUUUAUUAUUUAUACAAUAAAGAGACUUUUAUGUUAUUCAAAACACAUUUUUAAAUACUGAAAAAGUUGAGUACACCAAAGCCGAAAAAUGGCUCUGCUAUACACUGCACAGCAUUAUUUUAGUCCCUGUAUUUUGUAUCUGUACAGAAAGCAUCUUCAAAAUGCAUUCUAAUCACAUUGUACACCUUUACCAAUUAGUGUCAAUACAUAAAAUAAACUGGAGAGUACAGCUUGCAUUUGCAAAUUAACUGACAAAGUAAUUAAUUUCACUGAUUCAGUAAAUUUAAAAUAUAGAUUCAUAGGACUCCUUUGCACAUAAAAUGAAGCAGCUUUCAAGGUCAUUAUGGUGUCAUACUGCAAAAAAAACCAUUAAGUACAUUCACAAUCUAUGUUAAUAAAGUAGUAAAUAUGUCUUCAUUCAGUUUUUAUUUACAUCAAUAUGUAGUUCAACUAAAAAGUACUGUUAAUUGUGAUACUUUUUUUUAGCACAUACAAAAAUGACAACUUUUUAUAUAUAAUUGAAGCUCAAAAUCACAAUUAUCUCAAAAUAUUAAUUACAAUACAGCCAUUUCAAUUAAACAUGUCAUGAUUUAAUUUUUUUUAUAAAAUGGUAAAAUUUUUUACUAAAGUAAGCAAUUUAUUUUGAAUUGACUAGAGUUCAACCAUGUAGAAAACCUUAAAUGUUAAGAGUUGUUUCUUGCCCCCUCCCUCCCAAAUUUGUAUACAGCCACCUAGGCUAGCAAAGAGACAGAAAAGGCCCCAAUUUAUAAAGAUUAAGCCUCUUUUGCUAUACUGCUGUGGCUUGUUGUUUCUUCCAUAAAAGCUUUACAAGGGGAGUGUCAAUAAACUAUGCAAUGAAAUGCAUGCAUUAAUAUACAGUAUGUCUAUGUAAAAUGUUAGUGUUUACCAGUGCACAUUAAAAUGUUCACAAAGACUGCAAAAGAAGUCAUAGAGUAGCAUUUAUAAGAUAUACCAGUUGCAAACUGUGAACAUGAAAACUACUUGAUAACAUAAUGAAAUUUCUUUGAGAACAGAUCCCAAUUCAAGUUCUUUCUCUGGCUAAAGGAGUUCUAGUUACUUGGCCUUAAGAUGUCACUGUUGUCCUGCACAUAUGGUAGUGAAGUCAGAUGUUGAAAAAGAAUGAGUCUAGAAGACUGUCUUCAUCUUACUAAAAUAGUGGCCCGAUGUUGCAUCACUACAUAGGAAUUUUUCUUUAAGAAGAGUGAAAUAUUUCACUAACUGAAUUAUAUGAUCUCAAAGGAAAAAUGGAUAAUUUGUAUGUAUGCACAUGUGUUUAGCAUAUGAAAAAUAUUAAUAUAAAUAGGUGGAAUUAGAACGUCUUUACACAGGAAUAAAAAGAUUGAGUUGUGCCCCCCCCCAAUAACUAAGAUCCAAAGUAAUUAAUUGUCAGUUACUUUAGGAAUGAAAGAACAAUUUUCAUGGAUACUUAAAAAGUCUAAAAACCUAGUACCUAAUAUCCUUUUACUUAUAAUUCUUUAUAGACCAAUUAAAAAUCUAUCACUGUCUAUUUAGAAUUGCUGCUCUUAAUACUUCUUCUCUGAGUAGAAAGAGACCAUAUUUCAUAUUAUGGUUUACUUAUAUACAGCUGAGGGGGCUGCUGUUGGAUGGUUAAAAGUGGGGAAAAAUGAAACUACAGCACCAACAACCUUACUUUUAUAAGGUUAUUGGAGGUGGUCUUUGAAAUUUAUAAACAAUUUAGUAGAUUCACCUCUGAUUUUUUUAACUAGGAAAAAAUUACUCCUUAUAUGAAGACAAUGCCAUUGUCCUUAAGCUUCCUUUAGUCCCUUCUACACACUGAGUCCAAAAAGAAACUUGACUGGCUUUGAGACAAAAAUAUCCAGCUUAUCUGCCUAUCAGUUAUCUUUUUCUUCAUUCCAAACAGAAAACAGUAAGGCUAGCGUUUUCAAGGAGAAAAAUGCAGUUGAGGAUGUUAUAGGGAAAUACCUAAACAUCAGAAAGCAGUAUAAAACGUUUAUUGCAUUCCAUUGACACUAGGUGUCAUCAAAGCUAAAACCAAAUUUCCUAGAGUAAAACUUAACAUACAACAUUACUCACUGCCCUGAACAGAUGUCUUUUCCACAUUCAAGACCAAUGAGAGUCCUCUGAGUGGAAAGACUCUACAAGUAUUGAAUAUAAAAUUUAUUUUGGCAUUACAUUCUGAAAUAAAUUACCAUUCUAACAAGUAUGGGAACUGCUUAUGUUGUAUCUGCCUGAGACUUGCAACUUGUUUUUCCUAUGGACUUUCCAAAAAAUUACAUAAGAUUUCCUGACUAAAUAGAUGUUCUUUAGUAGAGCACUGGUGAAGGGGAAGAGAGACGGGAAGAUACAAAGAAAUAUUAUGUGAUUUCUUUUGUCCAUUCAUCAAAUGCUUUCCUUUAUCUAACUACCAUAAAAGUUGACCUGCAUACCUGGGCAUUAUUUAAUCUCAUUAUCUUACCUGUGCAAAACAAGUGUGCAAAGAAAAACAGCUAUAUACCUGUGUCUAUACGAGACACAAAACCUGAGUCACAAUAAAAGUUUUUAAUAUAAGAAAACUUUUCUUAAUGUAGGAAAAUAAUCUUUAAAGGGCCAAAAAUACCUUUGUACAAUAUAAUCAGCUGACUUUAAAACUUCAGUGUGCUUAAGGAUCACAUAUUUUUUUAAGACCCAACGAAAAAAAGAAUGUUACAUUUGAUCAUUCAUUUUCUCAACUAGAGAUACCCACAUUUUUAUUACUAACAUCUAUUUUCAUUCCCCUGAAUUCAUUAACUUUAAAAAAAAAAAAAGCACAUUCAGCAUGUGUUUAAUUUCUGAUGAACAGUUCCUGAUUUUUUUUCUAAGUUCUGAGGACAUAGGAGUUUUGGGGUUGCUAGGCAUAUAACUUACUGCCAAGCCACAGUGGAAUUCUAGAAUUCAAAAUAAAAUAUAUAAUCUGUUACUAAGGGAAAGGUUCCUUGGAAAAAUAUUUUGUAAAUGGAGUUGGGCCAAAGUCUGCAGAAAGCUCUUCACUCAUUUGCAGGUUCCCUUUCUGCAGACAGUUAACUCAAAAACUCCUUUUUUCACUAUGCUCCAUUUCCUUCACGUUUGGUAGGUUUCUUACCUUUUCCUUACUUGAACCCUGAAUUGUCCCAACUGUAGCCACAUUUGAGCCACCACUUCCAAGGUUUCCUUUGCUUCUCUACAUCUUUGUUAUCUCUUCCUCUUCCUCAGGAGCUCAGUUCUCUAGGAUGACUCUUUGCCUUCCCCUCAUGUGCCACUUAACUAGUCAUUGGGAGAAAUCUGUUUAGUUGUCUCCCGUUGUUCUAAAAUGAGACACCCGAUUUAAGGCCCCAUUUGGGACCUACUUAUUCCCUGGGCUGUAUACAUCUCAGAUGCAUAGGAUCUGAGGAUAGAGGAUAUUUUAUAGAAAAUUGAGUGCAAGUUGCUUCUCCUGUGUUGCCUCCAAAUAGCCAUUGCCAUUAGUUAAACAUUUCUAUCUGUAAGUCACUGACAGAAGAGGAUGCCAUCUGAAUAAAAAAAAGGUUCAGUCCUGGCAUCUGUAGUUGGGUAGGAGGGUGCUUCGAAUACUUGAAUCAAAAGGUGAAGGGAUUCUGGGCAGUGGGCCUGGUUUGAGAAUAGGGUGGGAAAGAACAUCGGUGGGGUAGGGGUUUCAAGGCAUUAGUCUAGGGAACCAUAGGCUCUCUCUGCCUUUUCAUACAACACUUGCCUGAGGAUCACUAGAAGGAUUUUGUAUUGUACAGAAGGCUAAAAGCAGAGUCACACUUUCUCUGCCAAUAGACCCGUUACCAUGGGAACCAAUGCAGAAAAAUGAACAUAUGACAAGAAGCUGAGGAUUAAAUGUGGAGAAAAUUGAUAGGGAGUUGGUUUCUACAUGGCAAUUUGAUCUUCAGAGAUUUAAAGAAAUAGGAUGUUCCUUGUGUGGUCUGACCAAUGAAAAUGGACAAAAUGACUUGCUGGUAGCUGGUCCUGGAGGCUGAAAUGUGGGGAAUGUGGAGAGAAAGCAGUAAGCAUGUUGUAGUUUGGAUAAGGGGAGCUCAAUAAAAUCCAGUGCCAUCCCUGGUGAGGUUCAAUUCCUCAGCCCAAAUGCCAGGUUAACUAUAUAAUCAAAGCUGCCCUUUGAAAGGCAGACAGACUGCUGUUUCAAAUUCUCUUCUCACCCUUCCAAAGCCAGGACACUUCACCUGACAAAAGUAUUGCACACCUAAUAUAUUAUUGCUUGAAACAUUUUCCCAAACAUUAAAAAAAAAAUAACCACAACUUUAAAUUUGUGGUUCCCUUCCCCCAACAAGCAGCUACUGUAAGUAGCCUAGAAUUUAAAUUAGUUUUUAAUUAAGGAAAUAAUUAUUUCACUUCACCUGAGACAAGUCCUCUCUGUGUAUACUCCUCUGUUAUUUUGGAGUUGAUAAUAAACUGAUUAAACCAGACUCUAGGAUUCCAAGGCACUCUAUAACAAAGACUUGGAAGUUUCAGCAAGACUUGAAGUUUCAGCCUAAUCUGAGAAAGGCAGACCUACACAUUGUACUUUUAGAGCUCUAGCGCAACUGCACCAUCCUGUCCCAAGCUUCCCAAAAGGCUGUUCUCUGAAAUCCUGUGAGUAAGCCUCAUUUCUGUGACUUAAGCUUUUGGUUCAUAUUUAAAUGCAAUUGUCCUGAGGAGAUGAAGGGAAGUCACACUCUAGAUGAUUUGAUCUACCUGGAGAGCUAGGUACUACUUUCAAAAGUAGUAGGGACACCCUUUCCCUGACUCACCCUCUCAACACACACAAAAACUAGAAACAACACCAGUCAGGAAGUAGGAGACAAACCGUUAUUGGAUAGUGGUCUUUAGGGUACAUCUAAUUGCAGAUGAUCUGGAUAAAAUAAGCUCUUUGUGCUUAGUACACUGGACAUAGAUUUCACUAGAAAUGCUUAUUGCUUUCUCACUAGUGAUUUGCUAUUCUAUUUGUUUGAGUUUCUUACUGAAGCUUUUGAUAAUCCCAACAAUGAGUUCUUGAAAUGCCAAAAGCCCAUUAAUUUCUGUUUUUCUAAGAGUGCUUGGAGAAUUCUGAAAUCUAUAAAAAUGCCUGAAGUUUCCUCCACUUGCAGAGUUUGGAGGCAAACUUGAUAAACAGAGAUUUGAGUACAGUGGUCUAGCUUAUGCUAAAAUAACUUCUUUCCAGUGAAUUUCAGGAUUUGAGACUUGUAUGGUUGGCUUUUGCAGGGAGGAAGCAAUAUAAUAACCUGACAUGGGACUAAUCUUUAAAGCCACAUGAAAGACUGCUUUAUACUAGGGACAGGUAAGUGCAUCUCUUUCUGAGGGAAGUAAAGCACAGUAGGGUCUUCACAAGUUAUGCCUUAGAAUUUGAUAUAUGAUAAAUAAGAUACUGCUUCUUUUCAUUUCUGAUACGGUCUCCAAAAUCAGGUAGCAGAUGCCUGGAGGAAGACUAAUUGGUGUGUAUUAAGCUAAAGAAUGAUUAGCUUCUUUGUGACUUUGUACUGGUCUUGGACAGAGUUGAGUUCCUCCUGGCUGGGAGGCCCCCUGACACAAUUGUAUUUAAUAGUUUUACCACAUCCGUUCAUUCUUCACACAAGAAUUUAAAACUGUUGUAACACAUGUCAUGAUGUAUUGAGAAUUUAAAUUUGAUUCCUUCAGUUUUUUUAGUCAAUUUGGUUUCUCCUCUCAGUUUUCUUUGAGGUGUGUAAGUGAUUCCCUGCUUUAUCAUGUACCCUAAGGAGUUAGAGACAUAACUUUCAUAGAGUUUUCUCUAGUUUAGCAGACAGUUCAGCACAUAGUUCACAAAAGAACCAAUCUUGGCACUAUUAGGAAGUUUAUUGCUUUCAGCUCUCACAAGAAUUUGGAAAUACAAAAGCUGACUUAAUGAGUGGAAUUAUGAUGUCUGCAUAGUAGGAAUGUGGUAAGUCUAGAGUUCAGGUCCCGACUGUAGUUAAUAAAAUUGUAUUAAAUAGUGGAGAUUCGCUAAAAGGAUAGAUUUUGGGUGCUCUCACCACACAUGCAUGCACACACGCACACACACAAACACAAACAUAACAGGUAACUGUGAGGAGAUGAGUUAAUUAUCUUGAGUAGUAAUAAUUGCACUAAUGUACUUAUAUAUCGAAUCCUCAUGUACACCUUAAGUAUACACAAUUUUAUUAAAAAAAAAAAAACAACUAAAAAACAAGGGCAUCACACCCCAUAGCUGUUAAAUAAACAUUUCCAUUUAAUAGUGCAAAAAAAAAGAAAAAAAAGGAUGGCUUUUUCAUGUUGGCCAUUGAAUAUAUAUAUAGAUAUUGGGCUUUUCGUAGUAGUUUUCAAACUUCAUGUCCAGCAAUAUGCCCAAAGUGGUACUUGAGGGUCAGGAGCCCACUGGUUAAGUACUGAAGAAGCACAAUCUCAUUUUCAGCUGUAAGCAUGCUUCACAAUUCAUUGCAAAUCGUUUUAAUAAACUUACAUUUUCUAAUUUGAUGCACAGAGACACUAAAUGGCUCCAAGGGAAAAGCCAGUACUUCAUCUGGCAACCUAUUUUCCAGACCAUGGUUGAACUGCUAUACUUUCUGAACUCAUCUUUAUUAUACAGUUGUUUCACUUCUAGGCUAAUUCUAACCUGAGUU